AUGGGAACCAUCCCCACUUUCGUCACCGACGGUAGAAGAGUUGCGGCCUUUGAAGAGCUUGUGCUUUCAAAUAAUCAAUUCACUGGCAUGAUACCCAGUGAGAUUUUCGAGUAUGAGAAUCUUACUAUGCUGGAUCUCAGUACAAAUAGCCUAUCUGGGACCAUACCAGAAAAGAUUGGAAUGCUCUCCAAUUUGAAUGCUCUCGACCUUUCUUCGAAUCAACUAACCGGAAGACUUCCGGCUACUUUAUCCAACAUCUCAACGCUCUUUCGAUUCGCAGCUAAAAGCAACAACUUAACUGGAAAUAUUCCAAGUAUUUCCAAAUUUGUCAGUUUUUUGGAUCUCAGCUACAACAACCUUAGUGGGGAGAUCCCAUCUGAUCUUCUCGCAUCUCCUAAUUUGGAGUAUGUUGAUCUCUCUGCUAAUCAGCUCGGAGGGGCUAUUCCCACAAAUUUAUCUAUAGGGCUUCAAUUUCUGCAACUCAGUGGAAACCUUCUAUCUGGGAUAAUCCCGGCAUCAAUCGGAAUGCUCUGGCAGCUGGCAUAUCUAGAAUUGGAUAAUAACAAUUUGUAUUCUGAGAUACCAUCGCAACUGGGGAACUGCCGCAAUUUGGCAUACUUGGAUCUCUCUUCGAAUGCGCUGCACGGCGAGCUACCAAAGGAGAUUGGUAAUCUUCAAAAUUAUUUAGAGGUGCUGGCGCUUCAAAUGAACAAUCUUAGCGGGCAGAUACCUAUUGAAAUGCUUGAGCUACAGAGCUUGCAAGUAUUGAAUCUCGGCGGUAAUUCAUUCACGGGUGAGAUAUUACCAAUAAUUUCUAACUUCCAUCAGCUUUCAAACCUAGGCCUUCAGCGCAAUAAGUUCAUCGGGACGAUUCCCAAUUCAAUCAAUGGUUUGCAAAAUCUGAUAGAACUCAACCUGGGUAGCAACCUUUUUGACGGGCCGAUAUCUCCAAACAUUGGAGAUUUACACUUUCUAGAAAUUCUCGAUCUCUCGUAUAAUCAUUUCUCAGGUCAAGUGCCUGAUUCUCUUUCCACCAUUCCAAAUUUGACGAAGCUGGCACUUUCUUACAAUAAUCUCUCAGGGGAUCUUGAUCUCUCAAGAUUUUUGCCAUCAGUGAAUGUCGUAACCAUUGGAAAUAAGAAUCUUAUAAUUUUGAACGGAAGUGCUGAAUCCAAUUCGCCCGGAAAUGACGUUUUUGUUACUACCGAUUCGUCGAAAAGAAAGAUCAAGUUUGCCUUAGUCGUGGUUUCUUCUUUUGUGGCCGGUUUUUCGGUUUCAUUCCUCAUGUCUUCACUGACUUGGAAAUUCUUGAUUCGUAAAAAAGCAGCCGACGCACAAGAAGAAGACCGCCUUUCUGAUUUGAACAACAGGAAGAGGCUGCAGAUGGUACAGAGGCUGAGGAUGUUUCACGAACGGUACUACUUGGGACAGCUCACCACUGCAUUAGAAGCUCUUUAA